AAUCAGUACAAGUGUAUCAAAGAUUUCUGUGAUCUUGUUCUACUUAGCUGAUUGCACGGCUUUUUGUUUGCUUGCCUGUUCAGUCAAAUCAUUACUUCUUGUUUUUGACUUUCGAUGAAAACGAGGGUUGUUGUUUUGGUUUUCAAAAAAACUGCGAGUCGAAGAUAGCGAUUUGAGAAGGAGUUAGCGAUGGAAACGAAUAUAUUUUCUUUCUAUGCACGGAGACCAGAUAAUAUUCUUCCUGCGACGAUAUAAUACAUAAGAGAGAUUUGUUUCGCUUUUGUUGCGAAGAAAGCAUAUCUUUUAUUGCAGCAUGGUUUAGUAUCACAUUCAAAUAAGGAUGAAUUUUCAAAAAAUAUAAUCGUACAGCUUUUCUUGCGGACAGGAACGGAAAAAAAAUUAUAAAAACAAAGGAAUAAUUAGUAGUCCCUAAAACAUUUCCACCUCAAUUUAAGUAAAGAAAUGUAUUGUGACGCUGUACGGCCUCCAACCGAGCUAUCCAUUUUUACGGCAACGAUUUCGUCCAUCAUCACUCUUCUGUCAGUUAUCGGAAAUGGAAUCAUUAUAUUCGUGGUCAUACGAGAUCCGCUGCAGAACCUAAGAACUCCUUUUAACUUUUUUCUCGUAAAUCUGGCAUUUAGUGAUUUGAUAAUUGGCUUAAUAACAUCGCCAUUGUCUGUUUACGGGCAUGCGCGAGAGAGUGUUGGCAAGUUAAAUGAAGACAUCAAAAUUAUGUUUCAACUGCCAUAUUUUGUAUCGAUUACCGCAAGCAUUUUAAAUCUUGGAGUUUUAUGCGCAGACCGAUUCACUGCCAUAAUAUAUCCUAUAAAGCAUAGAAUCCAUUUUAGUUUGAAAAAAUGUGUUUUUAUAGCCAUUGGUAUUUGGUUGUUUUCGGUAACCGUACCUUUUAUCUACUUCAAGGUUGGUUUCGUUGAAUACUUGCUAAUAUAUGCAAACACGUGCGUUCUAUUGGCUUUCAUUUUUAUGUGUUUGACAUACGUUAAGGUUUAUAAUUUCUUACAGCAAAAAACCACAGAGCUCCGUCUUCUGAUGACGACAGAAGAAUCAUCGGACGAAAAAUUCCGUCUUAAAAGAUUACUAAUGGAGAAGAAGGUUACGAGAGCUUUCCUGGUGAUUCUCGUAUUGUUUAUAUGUACAUACUUGCCGGCUUCUAUUAUGAUAUACAUUAUUUAUUUUUGCCAGCACUGCGAUUGCACGUUCAUUCAUAUCCUGAGAGAUCUGGAAAUAGUUUUCAUUUUGUCCAAUAGCUGCAUGAAUCCCUUCGUAUGUACAAUACGAUUGGUUAAUUUUAAAAAAUCAAUUAAAGCAUUGUUUUCGUCUGAAGUGAAUGAAACACCUUGUUCAAACAAAACUUAAAUUGUAAUAUCACAUGAAGAGCGUUUUUAUCUGGAAAUUGGUAAAAAAACUUGGAAUAAUUGUAAAUUUAUUUUUAAAGCCGUAUUGAAAAUUCUUUCAUAAUUUGCGAUUACCAACUCAUAAAAAAUUGACCACAAACAAACUUACUUUAUACCGCUGUCUGAGUAGGCCUACCUUUUACAGAGCACGCCAUCAUUUUUUUGCUCGCAAACAUAAUUGGAAUAGGUCGUUUAUUUAUUUUCCUGGUUUAUACUGACUGUAUGUACCUUUAGGAGACUUCCAAGACUGCCGGGAAGAUAUAUUCUUUUUUUACCAAUAGCGUUUCAAUUGACGUUUGUUUGAUAUGCAUCAAUCUUGUUUUGCUCAAAAAUCCUGGAAAUAAAAGUAAUCUUUAGAAGUUUUUGAGAUCAGCUAUUUGCAGAGCCCCUAAAUUUUACAUUAGAUAUUCAAGACCUUUAACUACACCAAUCAGACUCAGUGAUUGUUCAUCUUAUGUCUUCUCUUUGGUCAAGGAAAAAAUGUUGGCACUCAUCGACAGGGCAAUAUAGAACAACAUUAAAAAGAGUUCUUCUUGCUAUAAUUUUUUUUAUAUUUCUGAUUAGCAUCCGGGUUUAAUAUGCUUGACCUGAGAGGAUACUUUCGCGGGCCAAAACUUUCGCUUUUUUUUUCCUUAUUUGCAAAAGCUGUUGCCUUUGGAAAUUUCAAAACUGCAAAACGCGAAAGUGUUUCACGCAAAAUCAUAGUCAAUUUAAGAAACGCAAAAGUUUUUUACGCAAAAAAAUCUUUUUUUUUCAAGCAAAUUUAAGGCCUCUCCCUGAAAUUCACAUGGAUGGAUAUUAUUUUUUUUUUUUCUCAUUCGCAAAUUUUUCACGCAAAAAUAACCUUUUUCUUCGAUUCGCAAAUAUUUUUCUUAAAAUUUGCUGUGAAAACUGAGAAACGCGAAAGGUUACUCCAUAAAUUUUAGCUUUUUAUUUAUACGCGAAAGUUUCUGCCCUUGAAGUAGAUUUGGCGUUAAUCUCGUCCCUAGGAAUUCUUAGUUUCUUUAUACUUAUUCUGAAGAAAAACCUAAUACGCCGGGGUAGGUGACUGGUUUGUCUCCACAAAACACGUGUGUGAUAAAAUUUAUAGGGGUUACAAAAUGGUGCUACGGACGAAAACAACAUCUUAAAUCAUCGGAAAUAUCAUAUUUGGCAUCCAAAUAUAACUAAAAAUGACAAAAAAUUUAUUCUCCCUUUAUAUAUUAAAUAUCCAUAGAUUGUUCGAUAUAAGUACUUACCUUGUUUUUACCUUAAACUUUCUAAUAAAAUAAACGUUAAACCUUUGGCACUAGUUAUCUAGCUAUAUCCUUCGAAAUUUUUGCACAUAAUUAUUGCACAUAAAGUCAAUCAAAGCAACAACAAUUACUUUAAAAUAUUGUAGAGGCAUUAAUUACCUUCUUAAAGCUACAAUCUUGAACAAAAUAUGUAUGGACUUUUUAAUUUUCCCCUUCCCCCCCAAAUUCAAGGUUGAAUUUUGAAGAUCAAUCACUGUUUUGGCUCCAACACUGAGCUUGGGGGAAGGGGGAGUUAAAAUUUAAUACUUGUCCACUAAUUGAUGUCCAAGAUUGUAGUAACAUAGCAUUUUUUAAUAAAUACAGCUUCUCAUGUUGUCUCUGUUCCCUCGUCAAAACAAACUUUAUAUUUACUAAUAUUUAGUAUAUUUUACAGACCGUAGCUGUUUUUUACCUGGCAAAAAGGAGAUCUUUUAUUCCAAGUAAUUUUUUUUCACAGGCUUACGUUUCAUUAGAGUUUAUUCCAAAUUGUUUAAUUGUUUCUUUUCGUUCGGGAGGCUUACCAUUACAUAAAAUUCCGUAUGUAUUUUCUAGCUUGUGUUUAUUGAUCAUUUGUGAUGUGCCAAAAAGUAUACUGUAUGUUUUAGUUGCAUUUAAUGUAAGGUUCCAUUAUGUGA